UGGUCCUCUUCGGUCCUUUCUUCGCACAGUGCCUGAUUCAUUAUUGACUUUCGUCGGAGAAUUUUAUUGAAAAAUUAACCCGUGAAAAAACCAGUGAUGUUGCUAAAAUUAGUAAUGACCUUGGGGACUUUCUGUUUCCUGGUCCACGCCGAGUCCGCCUUGGACGAGUUUGACGAAACAGGACGCUACAUUAUUGAAGGUAAAGUCUACCCUCCGGAGCUGUUCGGUGGCUCGGAUCUGAGCUGGCAGGUCGACACUCAAAUUUCGAUCAAUGGAGGAGAGUACAAAGGAUUCCUCAAGGAUGACGGUUCCUUCAUUAUCAGCUCGGUCCCAUCGGGUAGUUAUGUCGUCGAGAUCUUGAACCCCGACUACUACUACGAAUCGGUACGAGUGGAGAUCAAUCCGAAAGGAAAAUUCCGGGCACGGAAACUCAACUAUGUGCAACCGUCCCAGGUUGUGCAGGUUCCCUACCCAUUGAAAUUGAAAGCUCUCACCCGGUUCCGAUUCUUUGCCCAGCGAGAACAGUGGAAGAUUACCGACUUCCUGUUCAAUCCCAUGGUACUGAUGAUGAUUUUGCCACUAUUCAUUAUGCUGGUGCUGCCUAAGAUGAUGAGCGAUCCGGAAACGAAGAAGGAGAUGGAGAACCUGAACCUUUCGAAGAUGACCAACGAUAUGCCAGAAAUCAGUGAAAUGAUCACUUCCUUCUUCACGGGUGGCGCAUCCGGUGGUGCCGGUGCGUCUGCCAAGGACAAGGAGAAGUCCAAAUCGGCGACAGGUAAGCAGAACAAGAAAAAAAAUUAAGAUUGCUCUUGUGCGGAGUUUCCAUUGCCACAUUUCAUAGAAACAGCCGGGGAUGACUUUUGUUCUACGUUUGUUCUUUAAAUGUUAGAUGGAAGCGAUUUCGCUUUAGUUGAUGAAAUACUGAUUACAAAAGAAAAAAUACAAAGCUUAGUAAGUAAAAUAGAUUAAUUCAUUCGCAUUCGCGCUAA